ACUCGCGCAUGCGCCUCUGUGCGCUUUCCCCACGCUGGUUCCGUGUCCUCUCCGUGCUGCUCCUCCGCCUGGCCCUGAUUUCUAGUGUCUGGGGUCUCCGUGCUGUUGCCACUGCGAUGGGCAAACCUGCCGAGCACCGGGGUUCGGGAGCGCGACCCGACCCGGUGCGGAGUUUUAAUCGCUGGAAGAAAAAACACAGCCAUAGGCAGAACCAGAAGAAGCAGUUGAGGAAGAAGCUGAAGAAGCCCGAGUGGCAGGUCGAGCGCGAGGGUAUCAGCCGCCUAAUUCAGAACUACGAGAAGAUAAAUGUAAAUGAGAUUACGAGAUUUUCAGAUUUCCCCUUGUCCAAGAAAACAUUGAAAGGUUUGCAGGAAGCCCAGUACCGUUUGGUAACUGAGAUACAGAAGCAGACUAUUGGAUUGGCUUUGCAAGGUAAAGAUGUACUUGGAGCUGCCAAGACUGGAUCUGGCAAGACUUUGGCUUUCCUGGUUCCAGUGCUGGAAGCCUUAUAUCGUCUGCAAUGGACUUCCACAGAUGGUCUGGGGGUUCUGAUAAUUUCACCUACGAGAGAACUGGCUUAUCAGACCUUUGAGGUUCUCCGGAAAGUGGGGAAGAAUCAUGACUUUUCAGCUGGCCUCAUCAUUGGUGGAAAGGAUCUGAAACAUGAAGCUGAGAGAAUCAACAACAUAAAUAUACUCGUUUGCACACCAGGUCGGCUUCUUCAACACAUGGAUGAAACAAUAUGUUUUCAUGCCACCAAUCUCCAAAUGUUAGUUCUUGAUGAAGCAGAUAGAAUCUUGGAUAUGGGCUUUGCUGAUACCAUGAAUGCUAUUAUUGAAAAUCUUCCCAAGAAACGUCAGACUUUACUUUUCUCAGCAACACAAACAAAAUCUGUAAAGGACCUUGCACGCUUGAGUUUGAAAAACCCUGAGUAUGUCUGGGUUCAUGAAAAAGCAAAAUACAGCACUCCUGCCACUUUGGAACAGAACUAUAUAGUGUGUGAGCUGCAGCAAAAAAUAAGUGUGUUAUAUUCCUUUUUGAGAAGCCAUCUGAAGAAGAAGAGUAUUGUGUUUUUCUCCAGUUGCAAAGAGGUUCAGUAUCUAUUCCGAGUGUUCUGUCGGCUGCGUCCUGGUGUCUCCAUCCUUGCCCUCCACGGUCGACAGCAGCAGAUGAGAAGAAUGGAAGUCUAUAAUGAAUUCGUCCGCAAGAAAGCGGCAGUGCUCUUUGCUACUGAUAUUGCUGCCAGGGGCCUGGAUUUCCCAGCUGUGAAUUGGGUUCUUCAGUUCGAUUGUCCAGAGGAUGCCAACACAUACAUUCACAGAGCAGGUAGAACAGCCAGGUAUAAGGAGGAUGGUGAAGCUUUAUUAAUUUUGCUCCCCUCAGAAGAAAAAGGGAUGGUGCAGCAGCUUCUCCAGAAGAAAGUUCCUGUGAAGGAAAUCAAAAUCAAUCCAGAAAAACUUAUGGAUGUCCAGAAAAGAUUGGAAUCUUUUUUAGCCCAAGAUCGAGAUUUAAAAGAAAGAGCUCAAAGGUGUUUUGUCUCCUACAUACGUUCAGUAUAUCUCAUGAAGGAUAAAGAAGUAUUUGAUGUAAGCAAGUUACCUAUUCCUGAGUAUGCUCUAUCUCUAGGUCUUGCUGUGGCACCACGCGUAAGAUUUCUUCAGAAAAUGCAGAAACAGUCCACCAAAGAAUUGGUCAUGCGCCAAGCCGAUAAAGUGGGUGAGCCAGGGGCUGCCUCCCUUACCAAUGAUGAAGUAGAAGAAUUCAGAGCCUAUUUCAAUGAGAAAAUGUCCAUUCUUCAGAAUGGUAGGGAAAGACGAAACAGUUCAGAGGACAGACUGUCUAAUGUUACCAGUGAUGAAGAACAGGAAGAAGGAGAAGGAGAAGGAGGAGAAAAAGAAGAAGAAGCAGAAGAAGAAGAAGAAGAAAAGCUGGGAAAAGCAAAAGGGUCUCAAAUUCAAUCUGUCCCUGGUGCUACUGAGGCACAGAAGAUAAAGGAAGUUCCUGUGGAGUUCUUGGACAGAGAUGAGGAGGAAGAAGAUGGACCUGAUGCUGAUUUCCUGAAGGUGAAGCGACACAAUGUGUUUGGGUUGGAUCUUAAAGAGAAGAAUGCCUUAGAGAAGAAAGAACCUUCUAAAUCAAGAGUCAAGAAAAAAGUGACCAAAGUUGCAGAAGCAAAAAAAGUAAUGAAGAGGAAUUUUAAAGUGAAUAAGAAAAUAACAUUUACUGAUGAUGGAGAGUUGGUUCAGCAGUGGCCACAAAUGCAGAAGACUAUCAUGAAGGAUACUGAGGAAGAUGACGACACUGGUGGUAUCAACUUAGACAAAGCAAAGGAAAGGCUUCAGGAAGAGGACAAAUUUGACAAAGAAGAAUAUAGGAAGAAAAUUAAGGCAAAGCAUCGGGAGAAAAGACUGAAAGAAAGGGAAGCCAGAAGAGAAGCCAACAAGAGACAAGCAAAGGCCAAAGAUGAAGAGGAAGCCUUUCUGGAUUGGAGUGAUGAUGAUGAUGAUGGAUUUGAUCCGAGUACACUUCCAGAUCCAGAUAAGUACAGAAGCUCUGAAGAAUCAGAGAGUGACUAUAUGGAGGAUAAAAUUAGUGAUACCAAGAAGAAGCAGGGAAUGAAGAAAAGGAGCAGCGAAGUGGAAGACGAGGGACCAACAAGUCGCAAUAGAAAAAAGGCCAAGUGGGAAACCCUGGAACCUUUGGAUACGGGCCUGUCUUUAGCAGAGGACGAAGAACUGGUGUUACAUCUGCUCAAAAGUCAAAACUAACUACUUCCUGCACUUGUCUUCUCCUUGAGAUCUCUGGUCAUGAUUCUGUGGCCAAGAGAAACAGUUGACUUUUGGGCAUAUAGAUAUGGCAUGUUUCAUUCCUAAAGGACAUGUCGUUCAGGAAGAAGCAGUCGGAUCUGAGUCCCUUUCACAGGCCAUGCUUUGUGCUGCCACAGAUCCCGUUGUCCAGCGUGUGCUCUGUUGGUUCUGUCCUGGGCUUCUAUCUCUUGUCAUGGGAAAUGCUGCCUUUGCUUUGCUGGCGAUUUCUGAAGCCCUUGUUUUAUUGUUAGAAAUUCCUUUCUUGCCUACUAUAUAUAAGUUUCUAUGUUACUUUUAAGCAAAACCGUUAGUAAUUUUGUUGUAUUUAAUAUUUCCAAAGAGACAGUAUGAUGGACCAGUCCUGAGAAAAGGGUGUAUUUUUGAAUUGAGACCAUCAAUAAUAAACAUAUUUCCU